AUGGCAGCAGACAGCUCCCUCAACUCCCAACGAGUGUUCAAAAAAUCGUCCCCCAACAACAAGCUCACCCUGUACCUGGCGUCGCGGGACCUAGUGGUGGAGACGAACAGCAUCGACCGCAUCCAGGGUGUUCUGCACGUGGACCCUGAACACGUGGAUAAUAAGAAGCUGUAUGGACAAGUCACCCUUACAUUCAGAUACGGACGUGAAGACGAAGAGGUGAUGGGCCUGAAGUUCUGCAAUGAGGCCAUCAUGAGCCUCGCACAAGUGUGGCCGCUGAACUGCAACCACGAGAGGGAACCAAGCACGGCUUUACAGGAGGCCCUAAUGAAGCGUCUGGGCGCCCACGCGUACCCGUUUCAACUGGAGCUUACGCCGCUGGCGCCCCCUAGCGUGCAACUGGUACCCGCUAAGCAGUACCACGGGGCGCCCAUUGGGACAUCUUACGACGUUCGGGCUUUCAUCGCGGAGAAAGUCGACGAGAAGGUAUCGCGGCGCAACAUGGUGCGCAUGGGCAUCAGGGUGCUGCAGGGCGCGUCGCGGGCCGCGGCCGCCGCCGCGCUGCCGCCGCCGUCGCCCGCGCACAGCUCCUUGAGCGCUAUGGCGCACCACCAGUUACUGAGGAUCAGAGGAAGGAAAAAACAGCAGGAAGAGACUUCGAAGGAACAGCCAGAUGCAUUCGAAUGUGGAGUUGUGACUCGCAUGCGAGCCGAUAAUGCAGGAACGGAGGCGGCAGCCGGCGCCGACGCCGUUGAUGCCGGCGACGCAGGCCGCUCGCACGAACUUGAUUCCGUUGUUUGCCGUUUUUUAGUGUCAGAGGCCAAGAUCCACUUCAGGUCGCUGCGCCACGGCACCGCAGAAGCAGGUGAAAGCUCCAACCCCACAGAGCCGGCCGCGCCUCGCGUGGUCGUUGAAAAACCCUUCCUGCUUUGCGACGGUCGACUGAGGCUGGAAGCGUGGCUGGACAAGUCCGCCUACCACCACGGCGAGCCCAUCAUCGUGAGCUUCUCGAUCAUCAACCACUCCAACAAGACUGUUCGACGCAUCAAGGCAAUGGUCGUCCAACAUGUGGACGUUUGCAUGUUCUCGAACGGCAAGUUCAAGAACGUGGUGGCCUUCGAGAAGGACAACACCCCCGUGCUGCCCGGGCAGAGUCUCGACGGCUCCUACACUAUGAUACCUAGCCGGGAGGUCUGCAUGUUCUCCGACAGCAAGUUUAAGAACGACGUGGCAAUGGUCGAGGAUGACACCACUCUCGUGCCGCCGGGACAGCGGCUGGAUGAAACCUAUACCAUGAUACCCAGCAGGGGUGUUACAAAGAAUUGGAUUGCCCUCGAGGAUUCCUAUUCAAAAACCGGAGCCUGUCUGGCAUCCACUGUCCUCUGCAAUUCAAACUCACCCGAUGACCGCAACGUGUUUGCCAUUUACGUGUCCUACUACGUGAAGAUAAAACUGAACAUCAGCGGUAUAGGCGGAGAACUGUCUGUUAAGCUGCCCUUCUCGCUCUCACAUGCUAACAUUAAUGAAGCUCCUACUGACAGUGUAAUGGAAGAAGCUACGCACCGCAUGAUCCUCGAAGGCAGAGAGAACAGUGACGACGAAGAUGAAGAAGAUAAAGAAGACGAAGAAGCCACUGCCGACGAAAAUCAACAAUCUGAUUUAGAGGAAGACUCAAAAACUGUAAACGGACGUCGUUGUGUCUCCGCCGACGUUUGCGUCAACAUCAUCGAGAACAAAUUGUGUGAGAGGCCUCGUUUCGAAGGGCCAACUCAAGUCCGUAAGUGCAAGCACGAUGAUGACGACAUGAACCUUAUUGUUCGCUACCCCGGCCCGGAUACGUGA